AUGCGAUUACGCCAUCCCGAGCCGGAAGACGAGAUACCUCCCUCCUCCUUCCUUUCGCAACCUUUGGCUGCUCUCGCCCCCAACUCGGGCCUCCUCGGCACGGACCCCAAGUCCGCCGCACUCGUCGACCAAUGGGUCUCCUUCUCCGAGAAAGAAAUCGCCGCGCCCAACUACCCCAUCUACCAGCUCUGCAAGGGCAUGAUCGCGCCCUACAACAAGGGGAUCCACACGCACUUCGCGUCGGUGCAGCUCCGCGCGCUGGACGUCGUCGAGAAGCACCUCGCCACGCGCACCUUCCUCGUCGGCGAGCGCAUCACGAUCGCCGACAUCGCGCUCGCGUGCGCGGUCGGGACCGCCGUUUGGAUCACGCUCGACGCGCCGACGCGCGCCAAGUACCCGAACGUGAUCCGCCACCUCGAGACGGUGUCGUACCACCCGAAGAUGAAGGAAGCCUUUGGCGAGCUCAACUAUAUCGAGACGGCGAUGCAGUACGUUCCCCCGCCGAAGGAAAAGAAGGAGUCCAAGCCGCAGGCGGAGCCUAAGCCGAAGGCUGAGAAGAAGAAGAAGGAAGCGGAGGACGAUGAGGAAGACGACGACCUGGUGCCGAAGGAGGAGCCCAAGGCGAAGAACCCGCUUGAUUCGCUUCCAAAAUCCUCCUUCAACCUCGAAGACUGGAAGCGGGCCUACUCCAACAAGGACACACGCGGCCCCGGUGGUUCGCUGGAAUGGUUUUAUGAGCACUUUGAUCCGGAGGGCUUCUCCAUCUGGCGUGUCGACUUGAAAUAUAACGAAGAGCUCACCCAGACCUUCAUGUCCUCCAACCAGAUCGGCGGCUUCUUCAACCGUCUCGAGGCGUCCCGCAAGUACCUCUUCGGCUCCAUGGGUGUGCUUGGCAAGACAAACGACUCGAUCAUCACCGGCGCCCUCGUUUGCCGAGGGAAAGACGUCAAACCCGUCGUGGAGAAGGCUUUCUUCGAGGGCGCGUUGGCUUGGGACUUGGAAGUCGACGGUAAGGCGUGGGUCGAUGGCAAGAAUUUCAAGUAA